UAGAAAUGACAGCGACUUGCUCGAGCUUGCAGGCAGCGUCAUGCCCAAGAUCAAGACCUCACGCACGAGGGCGCCGCCGGAAGGCUUUGAAGAGAUUGAGAGCGUGCUGGACGAGUAUGCACGACGGAUGAGAGACGUCGAGAGCGAGUCACACGAGGGCAAACGGAAGGCAGAGUCGACAUGGCCCAUCAUGCGUAUCAACCACACUCGGUCGAGGUACAUCUACGACCUCUACUACAAACGCGAAGCGAUCAGCAAGGAGCUCUACGACUGGCUCCUCAAGGAAAAGUACGCAGACGCAACAUUGAUCGCAAAGUGGAAGAGGUCGGGCUACGAGAACCUGUGCUGCGCGAGAUGCGUGCAGAGUAGAGAUAUGAACUAUGCCGGUUCGACGUGUAUCUGUCGAGUGCCCAAGGCAGCACUCAAGGAGGGCACAGUAGUAGAAUGCAACUUUUGCGGCUGUCGAGGAUGCGCAUCAGGCGAUUAGGCCUAGGACGCGCAAAAGAGCAAGCACAGCACAUGUUGUAUGUAUUACAGCCCGUUACAACACCU